UUGUGGAAUAGUGCCCCGUUGCAAAGUCAGCCUGGCACCACAACAAGGCACAGGGGGCGGCACGGCAACACUACGGCCAUUUUUCAUCCUGUGCUCUUCCUCGUCCCUCACAACCAACACAAACACAUCUCCGCGCCCCACGAGUAAUGGCCAACACCUGGAAAUGACCUGAAGUAGCCGGGGACUCGCGUAUUGGCACCCAUGGCGACUGCCGAGGAGCUGGGCGGCAGUCUGGAUGUGGACGUAGUGGGGCUGGUGGACCUGGACUUCAAAAAUGAAUCUGACUUCUUUGACUUUGAUUCUGGAGGGGAGUUUGGAUUGUUUGGAGAAGCAGGUGCAGCAUUACAUACGACCACUGCCACCACCACCACCACAACCUCAGCUACUGCCACCACCACUCCCCUUGCCUCUCCACCAGUUGCACUACUCAGCACCUCACCAGCUGCUGGCAUCUCAAGUGGCUGCAAUUCAAGUCAGGCUCAUGCUACAAACAGCUUUAAAAAGUCUGGAGGCAGUAGCAAGAGUAAAAGUCACUGGACUGAUAUAGAGAGAGAUCUGUUUCAGAAAGGCUUGGAACUGUUUGGAGCAAAUUGGAAUCGACUUUCAAGUUUUAUAUCUUCGAAGACCCCUGGGCAGGUGCGGAGCUAUUACAAGAAAUGGAUGGAGGUUGCUAGUGUUGUUCAGGAAGCUGAUACUCUCGGAGAAACACUGGUAUAUAUGCCUGCAGAAGCUGUGUGUAUCAGUACUGAUCUAGAAGAUCCUCUUGGCCUUAUUGAAACGGCUACAACAACUGUUACCACUACUCCAUUAUCUCCCAGAAGAACUAAAAGUGGUUAUAGUCGAUCAAAAGUAUCAAAGGUUCAUGAAAACAUUGAUCCAAUAUAUUUCAAGCACUCAGAUGAAAUUGCUGUUCCAUCAGUUGGAGAGGAGUGUGUCAUAGAACAGUGUGGGUAUGUUGUAGGGAGCCCAGAUAGUGGAAAAGGCAAAGAAAGAAAAAGUGCAUCAGGACCCAAAAAAUCGGGAAAAAGUAAAAAAAAUGGAACAUCAUUACAUAAAUCCCAAUCACCUUUCAAGGUAAAAGCUCACAAACAAAAGCACAAAGCAAAAAGAAAAAAAAUGAAAGUAGCAGUUAAUCAAAACCAAAUGGAGAAAAAGAGCAUAAAGCCAACAGAAACUGUGUCCAAGGUGGUGUCAGGACCUCCCAUGGCUCAGCUGGGCCAGGUGGUUCACUUAGUAAAGGAUGAAGUGGAGGAAAGUGAUGUUGAUAUUGAUGUGAGCGAUGACGAACAGUUGGUUAUCAUUGACAAGUCUCCAACAGAUGAAAAUUUUUCCACAAAGGUGGAAGAAAGCAAGAAUCUAGAUGUCAUGGAUGAAUGUGGUGAAGUAAAAGAUGUAGUACAUUCCCGAGUGGAAGGUAUUGGCUCUGAAGGCAGAAAGCAGCAUGUAUUUACUUUUCCUCAGCCACUGACUGAGCAUGAAUUAGACUUGGAAGGAAUUACAGAGGAGGAAAGGAUUGUUCAUUUUGAAUAUUUUGAUGGCAAAGGUGUAAAAACCCCUGAAAGAUAUAUGAAAAUAAGAAAUUAUCUUAUAAACUUCUGGAAACAGAUAAAACCAAAGUAUGUGAGAAAAACAGCAGUGCGUGCUGGCCUCAAAAACUGUGGUGAUGUGAAUUCCAUAAGUAAAGUUCAUGAAUAUCUUGAGAAGGUUGGUGCAAUCAAUUUUCAGUGUCCAGAAAGUAAUUAUUCUUCACCUUUAAUUAUAGGAAUUAAACCAAAAGAAAAGCCACAUAUUCCAAGCAAACCUGUUGUUAAGGUGGACAGGUCAGAAAUGACGCGACAAAAACAGAAAAAGAAAUUGGAUAUGUCCCUGUGUGAAGGAGGAGGGUUGACUAUCAGCCAUGAUGAAUCAGGAGCCAUAGUGGAUGCUUGUCACAUACCAGAGGCUCCCCGCAACAGAACAAACUCUGGGGGGAACCGUGGUGGGCCUCGAACAGAGCAGUUUAAGUUAGUGCGCUGUCUUGAGCAUGAUCCAGAUACCCCAGCUCCAUUUUCUGUCAUUAUGCAUGCACAUGCCCUCAUCACUAUGGACCUCCAUGCCCACACCUCCCUUGCUGAAGUUAUGGGGUUACUUGGAGGUUACUUUGACCCCACCUCACAUACAAUGCAUGUGACUGUGGCUGUCCCCACACAGGCGGUUAGCUCGGGCGUAGAAUGCGAUAUGUGUCCAGUCUCUCAAAGUGCAGCCUGUACAACCAUACAUGAGGGAGGUGUGCAGGUUGUUGGGUGGUAUCACUCCCACCCAACAUUCCCUCCAAAUCCAUCACUUCAAGACAUGGACACUCAGAGUCAGAUGCAGCAGUGGUUUGCCCGUCAGGAUGCUCAUUUCCUAGGUAUUAUUGUGAGCCCAUUUUGCCCUACGAAUCGCAGUGAAGCAUCUCACAUUCGCUGCAUUAUCUUGGAUAAACCACCACAUAGUCAAGAGGAUAAAGACUCUACAAAGGUUCCAUAUAAGUUGUUCUGGUCUGUUAGUGAAGUGAUGCCUGGAGCCUGGGAAGAGGUCUGUCAAGGUGUGAGAAAGGUGGUGACUGGGGCCCGAGAUGACCCUAUGGCAGUUGAUUGGAGAGGGGAAUGGAGAGGACAAGUAACUAACUGGGAGAAAGCUAUAGCUUCUUUAAAUCAUCACCUACCUCAUUACCUUCAUGGCCCUCUGCAGUCUGUCAGAACAACCUUUCUAGGCGCAGUAAGGGAAUGUUUAGAUGCUUAGUCCCAUGCAGAUGUCUAGAUCAUGUGUAUCAGUUUUGGUGGUGUUUAUUUCUGCAUUUAAAAUUGUAUUUUGAAUCUCAAGUUGGUAAAGAAAAGUAUUCAGGCCAAAAGACCACAAACUUUAAAGUAAACACAAUUAGUUAUAGGGCCUAGUACAGGUUUACUAUCAAAUGUACCAGAUAAUAGAACUAAAAGGAGUUACAAAAAUAGAAAUUAAGUAAUUGUGACAGCAUCACAAAAAGGAUAAAUCCUAAUGGCUGGCUAUAUGGUAGAAGCCUUUUCUUUUAGUCCUAUUAAUGCAAUCUGCCAGUUAUGAAAUUGUACACCCUUAUAAAUGUAAAUGUUUUGUCCAGAGAGUGACAUUGCUCCUAGUCUUUUAGAAAGAACUUGACAAAACAAAAUAUAAGCUCAUAAUUUGGACAUUAUAAGGUUCACAGUAUUUAUGAGAUUAUAUAAAAAGUACUGUAGCCUGGGAACUAUGAGUGACCACAAAAGCAGACAUACUCAAAGUUAAUAAGUGCUGCAAAACACUAGUCACAUGUUCCAUUGCUUAAGCAGUCCUGUGAAACAAUUGAUGAAGCUUGGUUACCGAUGUCUUUAAUUCCUAUGGCAAUAAUGUUAAAACUUGGCUUCACUGACAUGAAUGAAUCAAGAAGACCACAAAACUAAAGAUUCUUGAUGCAAUAUACACUAGAGUUCUCUAAAGAAAGAAUGUUCAAGUGGUGUGUGGAAAGAUGAGCCCACCAGAUGUCAUACUAUACUUUAAAAGGGUAAAGCCACUUCUCAGAAUAUAUAACAAGCAGUAUAUGUUUUCAGGACAUCUCAUUUUAAGGGAUAACUGUAAGAAGUACAAAAUAUGGACAACUUACAAGGCCACAAGGAAAAAGAUAUGGCACUAAAUUCUAGUCAAUUAUUGAUUUAUGAAACUAUGCAUGUGUUUGUAGAAAAUUUGUACACCAAAACCAUUUUAUUAAGGCACUGAGUGCAGUCGGCUAAGCCUGCAAAGAAUGUGGAAAUUGCUAAAUUUGUAUUUCUAAACGACAAAUUUCUGAUGAUUUUUAUCAAUUAGAUAAUUCUAAAUGAAUUUUAAAUACUCCCUAUAUACGAGGGGCGUUCAUUAAGGAUUUCCCCUGACCCACCUCCUAAGGACUUAGAGAAACGAAACUUGGUGCAGUUCUUAGUCUUUCUCUACAUAGGUACCACCAAGAGUUACACAUUUCUCCCAUCAUUUUAUGCAGCUUUGGAGACCUCGCUUGUAAAAGUCCUCAUGUUGCGUCAGAAGCCACGACUUGACUUCGGAAAUCAGUGUUUCAUCAUCUGGGAAACGUUUACCCUUCAAAAACGAUUUCAUGGUCGGAAAGAGGUGAAGAAGGAGGAUGGGGAAGGGUUUCAUAGCCACAGGACUGUGCUUCCGUUUCGGCAGUUUGAGAGUUGUGAACCGGGUCGUUGUCCUGCAGGAGGCAGACACCUUUCAUCAGCAUCUCGUGCCUCUCUUUUUUGAUAGCCUCCUACAAUUUCUUCAGCUGUAAUUGUGGUACCUUUUACCAGGAAAUCCGUCAUCACUACUCCGUGCUGGUCCCAAAAGAUUGUGAAGAUGACCUUGCCUGCUGAGGGUUGGACACGUGCCUUCUUUUGGGGUGGUAAGUCAAAGUGCUUCCAUUGCUUCAACUGGACUUUAGUCUCUGGAUCAUAGUGAUGGACCCAUGUUUUAUCCUGUGUGAUUAGUCUGUCAAAAAAGUCGACCUGUUUUUUUUGGCACAUGGCCAAAAGAGCCUCAGAGCAAUUGACUCAUUCCUGCCUGUGGAGAGGUGUGAGCAACCUUGGAAUCCAACGUGCACACACCUUUUGCAUGUGCAAAUGGUCAUGAAUGAUUUUCUCCACAGACCCCACACAGAUCUUGACAUCUUGGGCUAGUUGGCGAAGAGUUAUAUGGUGAUCUUCCAAAAUGGCAGCCUUGAUUUGACGAAUGGUGUCCUCAUCAAUGGCAGACUGAGGUCACCCAGGAAUGGGAGCCGUUGCCACAGAUGUCCGACCACACUUGAACUGGUGGUGCCAGUGUUUAACAAUGUCAUAUGAAGGGGCAUCCUCUCUAUAAGUUGCUUUCAUUUCAUUGAAGGUCUCCUGUGGUGUGUGGCCUUUCAAAUAUAAAAACCUGAUCACUGCUCAGUACUUUACUGGCUCCAUUUCCCGCCUUACUGAAAAAUUUCACCUGUAAAAGAGAAACUGAUGUGGGUUCAGGGCUGCAAAUUACCACAUGACAUGUACUGAUGAGCAUCACUAUACUGUAUAAAGUUUCAGCCUCCUACGACAAUCAGAACUGGGUAAGGGGAAAUCUUUAAUGAACGCCCCUCGUAUUUCAUUUUAUACAAUGUUAUAUAGUUUUUAUGAAUGAUUUGAUAUUUGUGGUGACUUUUUAUAAAUCCCAUAAUGGCAAUGUUGCUUCUGUGACAUUAACAAGUCGAGUGACACAAACAAGGUCAGUAUAUCAAAAUGUAAGACUUUUCCAGACCCCAAAAUAUGACAGCUCUACUAGUGGUCUGAGGUAGCCAUACCCAAACUACUUUCACAAAAUGGUUGUAGUAUAGUAGAAGCCACUAAGUGCAGCAUUCCUAUGGUUCAGCAUUGGGAGAGAAUGGGAAAGAAUGAACUGAAAAAAAAAAAAAAAGUAAUAUACAUGAAUAAGGUUGAUGAUGUUAUGAGUGCAAGAGGAUGGCCAGCAAUAAAAUGGGAGGAUGGUGGUAGAUUACUUGAAAGGGGCUAGAAGAAUGAAAGGACUUUAAUAUGCAAGGAUGGAGUGUUUGGAUAGGAGUAAACUGAGACACCUGCUGUGGUCAAUCCCCAUUAGGAAGUUCCCAUCAGAGUAGACAGAUGUAUAAAGGAGGCAUGAGCACACACAUGUCUUGGUGCAAACUGUAAAGGGUAAUUCAUUUAGUUAUAUAACAGGAUAUUAGUUAUUCAAAAUGAACAUUGUUAGGGAUGAGAUGAAAAGGUUAUAUAUUGCAGUGAAGGCUGCAUAUUGAGAGACAGUGUUGAUGAUUCUUUGCAGUGAGAUUAUACGUGGAAAUCGUGUCAUUUAACUUGAUUCAUCUACUUCUCAUCUGUCAACUGUAUCUUGGGCACACCAUGCUGUCUGUACACCCAACUUCUACUAUAUAGUGAGGUUUUAUAACAUCCUAAUUUCUUACUUAGUUCUACCAUAAUUGAAUUUGUCUUGGUUUCUAAUCAUGGUAGUACUUAGUUAUUAAAAUUCUUCCACCACUUUUAGGACUUUUAUGUUUUAACACUAUAUUUUCUUCCUCUUGAUAACCUUACACACCCCUACACUGACUCUCAUGCCUCUGCAUUCACAAACCUCUGCAAAAGACUGAUUUGCCUAGUGUUUUACCUGAUGAUGAUCAGAUCAAAGGAAACUAAGAAAUUUAAUAUCAUUUUUAUGAAACUCCUGAAGGAGAUGUAUAAUGUAAGUGCUGUGUGUAAUAAUUCAGAGGACCAUAGUUUAAAUUACAACAUGCAUCAUUAUUUUUAAAGGGUAGUGCAUAUCUUUUUGAUCUUUUGUCAUCCAUUUGUAAUCUUUUAUUAUUCUAUGGGAUAAGGAAAGGUGGGUGCAAAUUAGGAGUAAAGGAGGCCUAUUGCAAUGAGACGAGUGCCUGUGUAAGUGCUUGGCAACAUAUUGAAAAGUUUUAGCUUGGUAGAGUGAAGCGUGGGUGUAUAUUGUCACCAUAGCUCUUCAGUAUACACUUCAAUGACUAAAAGUGCUGAAAACAAAAGUAAAGGGGUUGUGGUGCAAGACAGGAUGUGAACGGUGUGGAUGUCCUCAAUAGUUGCAAGUUUGUAGAUGAGCUUAUCAAAUGCUGCAGAGGGAAUUUAUGGCUUCAAUCAACCUUUGUACAAAUUCAGAAAACCUGGUUGAUGGUGUUGCAUUAUUGCGGUCUACCUAGCCACUAUGCAUUCACUGGACUUGCUUUGAUCACAAACACACUGGUAUUUAUGGCUGAUGACGUGUAUAGCAUUUCUUUUAUGACUAGUAACUUUAAUAUAGUUGUAAAUUCUUGAUAAGUAUUUAAAAUCAAUAUUAAUUUCCUUGAUCUGGUGAAGUGCUCUAUAACUUAGUUACCCUGCAUCAUCAUAUUCAUUGUGUGUAUGUGCAGGAUGUGCAGGAUGUCACAAAUGGUCCAUAGUUUUAUUUUUUUACUUGCAAUAUUUUAAUAUACGUAUGUAAUAUGG